UAGUCAAUAUAAAUAAUUUGCUACUCAUCGUACAUUAAAUCAUUGUUUAUUUGUCUGACUAAAUCUUUUCCAUUAAGCAAAUAAUGUUUUGCACCCGCUAGUUUUGUUAAAUAGUAACCGAAAUUAACCUCUCAGACGAUCAUCUCAGCAGAGCUAAGCCAGAAAGGGGUAUCCGUUCCUAAUUUAAAGCAUUGGAUCCACAGAGGUCAGUGAUGGACUUUGUGGACCUUUUUACUCCAGAGACAGAUAGAGACUCGAAUGAAGUGAGUGCAUCAAUUGAGGAGGGUGACACAUCUCUCCCCUAUGGAGUGUGCUUCGCGAACCCUGAUGAUGUUAUUUGCAACCACUGGAACUACACCUGGUUCCAAUAUAACAACGUUUCGUAUAGUGCUGCGUCGGUGGGCAAUUUUCUGCAUGACACUCAAACAUUACUCAAAGUUCUUGGGUACACUUCAAUGGUGUGUUGUGUGAUCACGAUAGUGACUUACUUCUUCAUGCGCCCUUUGAGGUGUUACUCCAGACAAGUAGUGGUAGUGUAUGCCGCAGUCUCUCUCUACUUCGACGUCAUCGUCAUAUAUGUUGUCGAGACAAAUCUGGCGCCAGAAUCUUCGUGCCAGAUGUCUGAUGGGCACUGUUUGUUUCUAGGAAUGCUACUCAACUUUGGAUACAGUAGUGUGUGUGGUUGGACUGUGGUGUUGUUCCUGCAGAUCCACAGAAUGGCCAGUGAUGUGGACGCAGUGGAGCCUGGAUGGACAUACCAACUGACCACACACUUGAUUGUAUGGGGCACUGCAAUUGCACAGGCCAUAGUGCCAUACAUAUUCGACAUCAUUGGCUACAUAGGUCGGCCUGCGAACGGGUGCGGCUACUGUUUCUGGGACGACAGGUCAAUCGAGUUCAUCGGGCACGACUUCUCUGACCCCCUCCAAUGCGCCCCUCCCUCCCCAUCGCCAUCUUUGUACCCCAAUUGGGGGGACGACCAAAGAACAGCCAGAGCGUGGCUGUGGAUGGCUGGUGCAUUCUACGCAUUAGUGUGUAUGUUCCUCCUUCUCAUCAUCUUCAUCGCAACUAGAAUCACUCUUUGGAUGUUUCUCUGUUCGCCGGCAUUCUGAACUUCCUGCUGUUCUGUGUAUUCUCCUCGGCGUUCAAACAUUACCUGAAGUUGUGGUUCAUCAAUCUAAUCAAAAACAGAAAACUCACUCUAAACGAGGCGGCAGAAAACGAGAUCUACGGGUACAAUGACGAAGGAGGUAGUUUCACUGAGGGGGAGGAUAGCGAGCUUAGCGAGAGUGGGUUGACAAGCAGAAGUAACAGCUACAAUCACCAAUCAGCUCCUAUGGCACUACCACGAAACAAGAGAACAUAGCGGCGACAAAGUUAUGUGAAGAGAACCCAUUAUGAACUUCUAUUGCAAGUUACUCUAUAUUUCUGAACGUAAAAGUAUCAGAGGCGUCAAGCAAAUAGUUUUUCUGAACUCUUCAUAUACAUCAAUUUAAUCGUGUUUAUAUUUCAAAUAUA